AUGGCUCCAUUUCCCGCUGAUAACACUGAAUAGUGAUUCACAGUUGUUUCAAGUAAACAAAGCGGAUAACAAAGACGGAAAAAACGAAAUACCAUGUCGAACCCCCAAAAAUCGUCCCCAUCAAGCGGAGGAUCUGCCCCCCCUUAUGAAAUGGCCUCCAAGGAUGAAAUGGCUAUGCGUGCCCCGCCGCCAUCGUACGAGGAGAGUCAAAGAAGUGGCGGCGCAGUUGGACACGCUUACCAAGGACCUGUUCCCCAUGCACAGAAUCAGUAUUAUGGCAUGAUAAGUCAUCACCAGCAACAGACUCCGCCAUAUGGAAUGACCUAUGGAGCCGCAUAUGGACCCGGCACUUCAGCUGCAUCUGGUGCCUCUGGCUCCCAUGUUCUUCAUCUGGAUUCGCGUGCAGAAGUGGGAAGAACUAUAAAUAUUCCGCCGCCCCCGCCGGGUUGCCUGCCGACGCCUGCUCAGUGGGCUGCAAUGCAGGGCCAGCAGGUCGCCGUGAAACAGAAGAAACGUUCCUUCUUUUAAAUUUAAAAUUCCAUUUUCUAUUUUCUCGAAUAUAAAGUAUUGUUACCCUUUAAUGUUAUCCAAGAAAA